CCCGAGUGGCAGCCCGCGGCCGGCGCGGCGUCAGGUGCGCCCGCCAGGUGAGCGCGCUCCUGGCAUCUCGCCGUCCGCGCUGAGUCGGGCCCAGCUGCAGGGAGUAGAUUGGCUUAUCUUGGGAGUUACCAGGCAUUGCUCAUCCAGAAGAUCAGGUGACUAUUGACAUCAGCCAUGUCCUCGAGGCCUUUUGAAAGUCCACCUCCGUACAGACCUGAUGAAUUCAAACCCAGUCAUUAUGCUCCAAGCAAUGACAUAUAUAAUGGAGAGAUGCACGCUCGGCCAAUGCUCUCUCAGCCAGCAUAUUCCUUCUACCCAGAGGAUGAAAUUCUUCACUUCUACAAAUGGACCUCACCCCCGGGAGUGAUUCGGAUUCUGUCGAUGCUCAUUAUUGUCAUGUGCAUUGCCAUAUUUGCUUGUGUAGCCUCCACACUUGCCUGGGAUAGAGGCUAUGGAGCUGGCAUACUGGGAGGGAGCAUAGGCUACCCAUAUGGAAGUGGCUUUGGCAGCUAUGGAAGUGGCUAUGGCUAUGGUUAUGGCUACGGCUACGGCUAUGGAGGAAGUUAUACAGACCCAAGAGCGGCUAAGGGCUUCCUGCUGAGCAUGGCUGCCUUCUGUUUUAUUGCUGCAUUGGUAAUAUUUGUUACCAGCGUCAUAAGAUCGGAAAUAUCUAGAACAAGAAGAUAUUACUUAACGGUGAUAAUCAUCAGUGCUAUCCUGGGCAUCAUGGUGUUUAUUGCCACCAUUGUCUAUAUAAUGGGAGUCAACCCCACUGCCCAAGCUUCCGGAUCUAUGUACAGCUCACAAAUAUAUGCCCUCUGCAACCAGUUCUAUACACCUACAGCUACAGGACUCUAUGUGGACCAGUAUUUGUAUCACUACUGUGUGGUGGAUCCCCAGGAGGCCAUUGCCAUUGUCCUGGGGUUCAUGGUUAUUGUGGCUUUUGCUUUAAUAAUUUUCUUUGCUGUAAGAACCCGAGGAAAGAUGGACCGCUAUGACAAGUCAAAUAUUUUGUGGGACAAGGAACAUACUUACGAUGAGCAGCCUCCUGAUGUUGAAGAGUGGAUUAAAAAUGUGUCUGCAGGCACACAAGACAUGCCUCCUCCCCCAUCUGACUGUGUGGAAAGAGUGGACGGUCCUUUUGCAUACUCUGUCAACGGCAAAAUGAAUGACAAGCAGUUGUAUCCAGAGUCUUCCUAUAAAUCAACACCGGUCCCAGAAGUGGUUCAGGAGCUUCCAGUGACCUCACCUGUGAAUGACUUCAGGCAGCCUCGGCAUAGCAGCAGCAGUAACUUUGAGACGCCUUCAAAAAAGUCUACAGCAAAGGGAAGAGCGGGAAGGCCCAGGAGAACAGAGCAGGACCACUAUGAGACAGACUACACAACUGGCGGCGAGUCUUGUGAUGAGCUGGAGGAGGACUGGAUCAGGGAAUACCCACCUAUCACUUCAGAUCAACAACGACAACUCUACAAGAGAAGCUUUGACACUGAUCUGCAGGAAUACAAGAGCUUACAAGCAGAACUUGAUGAGGUCAAUAAAGAACUCUCUCGUCUGGAUAAAGAAUUGGAUGACUAUAGAGAAGAAAGUGAAGAGUACAUGGCUGCAGCUGAUGAAUACAAUAGGCUGAAACAAGUAAAAAGAUCUGCAGAUUACAAAAGUAAGAAGAAUUAUUGCAAGCAGUUGAAGAGCAAAUUGUCACACAUCAAGAAGAUGGUUGGAGAUUAUGAUAAACGGAAAACAUAGAAGGCAGAUAACACACUGAGAGAUUAAGAAGUAUCUGAUAUUUUUGCUGUGUUGUCAGAUGGCAACAUGACGUCAGACUCUUGACUCGGGAAGCCAGAUCUUUGUGAUCAUUACAAAGUUUGGUAGCUUUAAUAUCGAUAGUUCAGUACCAUCAGUAUUGAAGCAUUUUAUAAAUAGCUUUUAAUAAUCAACUGGGCUGAACACUCCAAUUAAGGACUUUAUGCAAUUAGUGGUUAAUUGGUUCUUGCAUUAAGAACUAACUAUUGUUUGAAACAUUUAAGGAAGGUCCUGGAGUGAACUGUACCAUGAACUUUCACACCGUAUGUAAGUCAUGUCUUUGUAAGUGUUCGUUAAUUCACACAGGUGAUCUCUAAUCCUCCCUUCUGAUAACUGUAACUUAUAAUAAUUUCUUUUCAAAUAAGGAAACUGAGUCCCUGCAGUGAAGUCUCUGAAGUGAAACUGCUCGCUUCCUUGCUUACAGUUUUGGUUAAGUAUGUUUUAUGACUCCAUUAAUAGUCCCUGGCCUUUCCGAUUUUAGCUACUAAGAUACUGCAUUCUACCAACCUCAUUCAUUGAUUUUUGUGUAGUUAAAAGAGCUUUUUAUUGUUUUAUGCAAUCUUGUAAAAGUAACAAAUCGUAAAAGCAACAAUUACGUGAAAUUUAAAG